GAGAGACAUAAUUGAAAAUUUUUGUCAGCAUAAAUAACAUAAAUUUUCCAACUUCGCGCAGUUUUGGUUUUUAUGAACAGAAAAUUAUAUUACCAAAAGAAGAAAAUAAAAAUAAUCGAAAAAUGUUUUUACUGCAUUUAAUCUCAGCUCUUUGUAUAUUUAUUAAUAAUGGAGAAAGUUUUGGAUUUCGGGGUUUAUUUUAUGAAGGAUUAAAAGAGCCUGAUUCCUCAUUUUGGAGAAAUACCACUUUGACUAGUGAAAAAUGGAUAACACAAAUGGUGGAUCAUUUUCAUAUUCAAGAUACUCGUACAUGGAAAAUGCGUUACCUCGAAAAUGAUGGAUAUUUUAACGGCACUGGUCCAAUUUUAAUAAUGUUGGGUGGCGAAUGGACUAUUAAUCCCGGAUUUUUGAAUGCGGGAUUAAUGCAUGGAAUAGGCGCUCAACAUGGAGCGUUGAUGUACUACACGGAACAUCGAUUUUAUGGCAGAAGUAGACCCUUCGAAAACGUCAGUACAAAAAAUUUAAAAUAUUUAAAUGUAGACCAAGCAUUAGCGGAUGUGGCAUAUUUCAUAGAAACCGUCAAGCGAGAAAGAAAGCUCAACAAUACAAUGGUCAUUGUUUUUGGUGGAUCAUAUGCUGGAAAUAUGGCAGUGUGGAUGAGGCAAAAAUAUCCACAUUUAGUUCAAGGAGCUUUGGCCAGCAGUGCUCCAGUGCACGCAAAGGCAAACUUCUACGAAUAUUUGGAUGUAGUUACAGCAUCAUUGAGAAAAUACAGUAAACAAUGUGUUAUUGAAAUUAGAAAAGCCAUCGACUCGGUGGAAGCUCUUGUCCGCUCAAAGGUGGGAAAGGAAACAAUUAAAGAAGAGUUCAACUUAUGCAACGUUCCUGAUACUUCAACUCUCAGCGGUAAAGGAAUAUUUUUCGAGUUCCUCACAGAGACAUUUUCAAGUAUCGUUCAGUAUAAUGCGAUGAUAAGUGGUAAAUCUGCAAUUGCAAAUGCAUGCGAUAAAAUGACCAAUAUAACAUUAGGAACACCUUUUCAAAGAUUGGCGAAAAUUGUGAAUAAUAAAAAAGCAUGUACAGACAUUGAUUACAGUUCCCUGCUUAAAUUACUUCAAAACGAAUCUUGGAAUUCUAACAUCAUGAGGCAAUGGAUAUUCCAAACUUGCACCGAAUAUGGUUUCUUUCAAACAACAGAGUCAAAAAAUUGUAUAUUUGGUCCUCAUUUAACUUACGAAUACUUUACAAAACUCUGCAAAGAUGUUUAUGGCGAUGAGUACACGCAAAUAUUACUAAAUGAAGGAAUAAAGCGAACGAAUGUCAUGUACGGUGGUAGAAUACCAGAUGUUCAAAAUGUUCUUUUUGUCAAUGGGAAUCUAGAUCCCUGGCAUGCUCUUUCAAUUUUAGAUAAUCUUAAUGAAGCGUCGCCGUCAAUUUUCAUAAAAGGAUCAUCUCAUUGUAUGGAUCUUCAAGUUGAUCGUCCAACGGACACUGAAGAUUUAAAGAAUGCAAGAAUUCGUGAAAGGGAAAUAAUUGUAAAAUGGAUCAAGGCAUGGAAGAAAAAAGUACCACCAGCGAUUAUUGAUCAUUAAGAAAUUUUUUUUUAAUUUGUGAUAACUUUUUAAUAAAUAUAAUUUUCAUGUUACGUUUAUUUGAAUUUA